UCUCUCGCUUCCGCUCUGACUAGAGGCUCUGCAGAGGGUGCCUUGUUCCUUCCGGGUGGUAGCACCGGAACUAAUGCUAUUCAUUUGCCAGUUUUCUGUGUUAAACUCAGAAGCCUAUGAGGUCAGUCGUGUCUGGUUCUGUGACCCAAUUUAGCGCGGGCCUGGACACUCAUAUGCAGUUUCUUGUAAGAUGAAAGACCUUUCCUGGCUCCAGUCUGCAGAUACUGGAUUCUUAGGAAAAAACCAAACAAAACAAACCCUCCUGCGUUUCCCUGGCAAACUCUUACCCUUUAACACUUAAACAGGCAGCUUCUCAUCAUUUAUUGCUGCAAUCCAUUUUAAAGUUAGAAACAGAGAUGGGAAUUAAGGAGUGCACUUUUCUAAUGAGCACUUGGUGAUGUAUGGAAGGAUUGAAUCACUCUAUCGUAUACCUGAAGUGAUAACAUUGUAUAUUAACUAACUGCAAGUACAAUAAAAACUUAAAAAAAAAAUAGAAACAGGUAUUAAAAUCUGAUAGAGUAGAAGUGGAAUCCCUGGUCACAAAUUGUCAUUAAUUUCUUUAAAAUUUUUUAUUUUAAAUGACUGGUACCCCAUCCUCACCCAAAGACAUAGACUCAGUCGUGUGCACACACAACUGCCACUUAAGGCAGUGAUUUGGGUUUUUCUUCACACUUGCAGCACUUCAUCCUCUACCUGAUACUUAGGUGCUUACUGAAUAAGCAAAUAAAGGCAUGUCCUGUCCACAUGGAAAAUAACCAGGAAAUGCUCCAACUGAAGCCCAGUUCUAAAGAAUUUCAUUGUUGGGAUUGAUACUCUUUGGAUCCUCGUGCCAAUGUCAGGGCCCAGGCCAUAGUUGAAACUCUGAAGAGUGAGUACCAGAAAAUUCCUGAAACAAAUGGGAUCAUGAGCAAAAGAAGAAGAAGGAAGGAGGUUACUGAUGUCUCAGUUGGAUUGUCUUACUCACCCGGAUCUGGACAAAUUGCUGCCUCAACUGGAUCUGGACAAAUUGCUGCCUAACAGAAGAGUGAAUGGGUUAAGUGAAACAAGUUGCUUUAAACAUUUAUUGAGCAUCAGCUUUUUGUGACAUUUUGUACUGGGUGCUAGGAUUACAACUAUGAGCCAUACAGUCUCUGUUCGUCAGGAGCUCAAGAUCAAGUUGGCUGUACUUUGGAGCUUCUGUGAAGUUGAAAUACUUAAUGGAGAGAUCAUUUUCAUUUGUAACUUGCAAUUGUCCAUGACCAUGACUGACUCUCAGGGGCCCAGACAAAAGGGCAUCUUAUGGUUGCUGGGGGAGAGAGCUCAUGUUCACCAGGGGAAGAAGGCUGGACACAGAGAUUUUGGAGGCCUAUCAGCCCAUCCCUCCUGCAGAGAAGCUGUCCUUCCCAGCCUCACUCAGAGUGCCUUGUUUGCUGUGAAAGGCAGUUGUGUGUAUGCUGGAGAGGCUCUGUCUUGGAGACAUUCCGUAGCUGUAACUUCAGACCACAGCCCUCUGCCUGAAUGCAGCACAGACCAGGACAACAAAGUGCCUGUUCUGGGAAAGGAGAAAGAAAAAUCUCAAGAACUUGCCAUGUGCACGUGACCAGGAUGUGUUCUCAAUCCACCAUGGUAAUUUUCAAUAACACCACAUCAUCUUCGCCAAACUUCCUACUCACUGCAUUUCCUGGGUUGGAACUUGCUCACGUCUGGAUCUCCAUCCCUGUCUGCUGUCUCUACAUCGUUGCCCUCUUGGGAAACAGCAUGAUUCUGUUUGUCAUCAUCGUUGAGAGGAGUCUCCACAAGCCCAUGUACUAUUUCCUCUCCAUGCUGUCAACUGUUGAUCUAUGUCUGACCAUCUCAACCCUUCCCACUGUACUUGGGGUUCUCUGGUUUCAUGCCCGGGAGAUUAGCUUGAAAGCUUGCCUCAUUCAAAUGUUCUUUGUGCAUGGCUUCUCCUUCCUGGAGUCCUCAGUGCUGGUAGCCAUGGCCUUUGACCGCUUUAUGGCUAUCUGUAACCCACUGAAGUAUGCCAUUGUCUUCACAGACAUGAUAAUCUUGGUGAUUGGACUGGUCAUCUGCCUGCGGCAAGUUAUUUUCAUCUUUCCCAUGGUUCUAGCCUUGAAGAGUGUAUCUUUCCAUUCAGGCAAAGAGCUUUCCCACCCAUUUUGCUACCAUCCAGAUAUGAUCAAAUACACAUAUUCCAACCCCUGGAUCAGCAAUUUUUUGGGCAUGUUUCUUCAGCUCUACCUGACUGGCACUGACUUACUGUUCAUUCUUUUCUCCUACAUUCUGAUUCUCCGAACCGUCUUGAGCAUCGUGGCCCGUAAGAAGCAGCAAAAAGCUCUGAGCACUUGUGUCUGUCACAUCUGUGCUGUCACUGUUUUCUAUGUGCCAAUGAUCAGCCUGUCCUUUACACACCGCCUUCUCAGCUCCACCCCAAGAGUGGUCUGUAGCAUUCUGGCCAAUGUUUACUUGCUCUUACCUCCUGUACUGAACCCUAUCAUUUACAGCUUGAAGACCAAGACGAUCCGCCGGGCUAUGCUCCGGCUGCUCCAAUUUAAGGGCUCAGGGGGCCCCACUGUGAGGGGUCGUAGAGGACGGUGGGAUUGAAG